AACCUUUUCGAGCCAGAGAUAACUUUUUAAUUCCAAACGUAAGCCGGGGAUCUUCCACGCUGAAAUCUUCCAGAAAAACCACUUAGGACGGGAAGAAAAGACUGGGAGAUCGGGUUUGACGACCACUGGUAACGCUCCUUCACUGGUGUCACUUCAGGUUUCAGCUCACGAUGAACAGACUGGUGUUGUUUUGUUUUUCCUCGGCUGCUCUUCUUGCCGCUGUGUCGAGUGUGUCUCCUCCACCAUGUGACAGUGAGAUAUAUUGCACUGGGCCCAUUUUGCAUCAAGUCCAGACGGCUAAACUGUUCGAUGACGACAAAUACUUUGUGGACAUGAAGCUGAAGGCGAAACCCGAUGUUGUUUUGUCGUCUUUUCUCAACCUUUCAACCCAAAUGCCAAACGGGACCGUGCCGCCCCUCAGGCUGCAGGAGUUCCUCGCUGAGAACUUUGAGAAACCGGGGUCAGAGUUCGAGCCGUGGACGCCGCCGGACUGGCACGCCAAGCCAAAGUUCCUGGAAGGAAUCGCUGACCUGAAACUACGAGAGUGGGCUGAAAAGAUUCAUCAUCUGUGGAAGUCUCUGGGCAGAAAGAUCUCCUCCGGUGUUAGAGAUCACCCCGAGCUCUACUCGCAGAUUCACCUCCCACAUCCCUUCGUUGUGCCUGGAGGGCGCUUCAGGGAACUCUACUACUGGGACUCCUACUGGGUAGUCAAUGGCCUCCUGCUGUCGGAGAUGACAGACACGGCCUCCGGGAUGAUUCGAAACUUCCUCUACCUUGUUAACAGAUAUGGCUUUGUUCCAAACGGUGGGCGGAUUUACUAUGAAAAGCGCAGUCAGCCUCCAUUCCUCGCUCUAAUGGUGGAGAGCUACUAUCAAGCAACCAAGGAUAAAGAUUUCCUCAGGGAAGCUUUGCCGGCUCUGGAGCAGGAGUACGUCUUCUGGAUGCAGAACCGCUCUGUGGCCGUGAAGGUGGACGGGGUCGAGCACCUGCUGAACCGGUACCACGUGGAGGUGGGCCGGCCACGACCCGAGUCGUACACAGACGACCUGGAAUUAGCUGAAGGACUCAGUGACGGUGAUAAGGAGCAGCUGUGGAUGGAUCUGAAAGCCGGGGCAGAGUCCGGUUGGGACUUCUCCUCCCGCUGGUACAUGGGGGGUGAAGGCCUCAGAGACACCCGCACCAGCGUCUUCCUCCCCCCCGACCUCAACGCCCUGCUGUGCCUCAACGAGAAAACUCUGGCCUCAUUCCACCGGCUCCUGGGUGACGGUGACUCAGCGGCUCGGUACGACCAGGCCGCGGCCCGCAGACAGGGGGCGAUGGAGGCGCUGCUGUGGGAUGCUGAGAGGGGAGCCUGGUUCGACUACAGCCUGGUGACGCACUCCAGACACGUGGAGUUUCACCCCUCCAACCUGUCGCCUGUGUGGGCACAGUGCUAUUCUCGGCCCGAGAUGGGGGAGAGGGCGGUGCAGUAUCUGGAGGCGAGUGGUGCUCUUCGGUUCCCCAACGGAGUCCCCACGUCCCUGAGCGAGUCCGGGCAGCAGUGGGACUUUCCCAACGCAUGGCCGCCGCUGCAGCACAUGCUCAUCAGUGGUUUGUCCAAACUGCCGUCAGACGACGCUCAGCAGCUGGCGGUGGAUUUGGCCCAGCGCUGGAUCAGGAGCAACUGGGAGGCGUACAUGAAGUAUGACGCCAUGUUUGAAAAGUACGAUGUGAACGGAGAUGGCAAACCCGGCGGUGGAGGAGAAUAUGAAGUUCAGCUGGGUUUCGGUUGGACCAACGGCGUGGCCCUGCAGCUCCUGGAUCAGUACGGGGCGGCGCUCACCUCAGGAAGCCGGCAGGUGUCAGCUGGCGUCCUGCUGCCUCUGGUCAUCUGUGCCGCUCUCGUGCUCCAGUGACUCUCAGGUGAUACCCGGGGCCGGACUGGACACUGGAUUUUAUUAUCUACUGGUUCCACUGCUACUACAUCCCUUCAGGAAGAGUCACUUUUAUUUGCAGGAUGUGAUUUGUAAACGGAGAAUUUUCUACAGAGGAAUGAGAUCCCAGUUGUUUUUAGAAGAUGCCGAUCAUUCAGGGUUUAUAAAAACACAUUUAAUUAUGUUUAAGUUGUUUUAACACUAAUUGUGUCACACUUGAAAGUUUGAUGUCUCUGUGUGUGUUGUAGUUGUUUCUCAUGUACACAGAUAUGUAUGUAUUAAAACAACAAACAAAACCAACGUGGAACUGAU